GCUGAUUGCGUGUUAGUAAAUAAAGGCUGAGCCAAUCAGAGAGCGGCUAACAGGUCAGCUGACACGUUGUGACACGUUGUGAAAAUGGCAGGACACGAACACCAGCACCACUUCUCUCUGUGCUUCUGUGACGUAAUGAGGUUGUUGUGGUCGCUGGUGAUGCCCUGCAUCUACCUCAGCCUGCUGCUGACUCUGGUUCUGCUCCUGCUUCCCCUGGGGCUCCGCUUGUGGCUGCAGAGCCGCCGUAAGUCCCGCCAGCCCCCGGGGGCUGGCCCGUUGGUGGCCUUCUUCCAUCCGUACUGUAACGCAGGAGGAGGUGGCGAGCGGGUCCUCUGGUGCUCCCUCAGGGCCCUCAUGAAUCGAUACCCCAACAUGUCCUUCGUGGUCUACACGGGGGACAAGGGAGUGACAGGUGAGCAGAUUCUGGAGGGAGCACGGCAACGCUUCAACAUCACCCUGCCUCGACCCGUCUCCUUCAUCUUCCUGCAGCACCGUGUGCUGGUGGAGGCCAGCUCUUACCCUCACUUCACCCUGCUGGGCCAGAGCCUCGGCUCCAUGUUCCUUGGGUGGGAAGCACUCACAUCCUGUGUGCCUGACCUGUACGUGGACUCCAUGGGCUACGCCUUCACACUUCCACUCUUCCGCUACCUGGGAGGCUGUAAGGUGGCUAGUUACGUUCACUAUCCCACCGUCAGCACCGACAUGCUGUCUGUGGUCAGAGAGAGGAACCCCAGAUUCAAUAAUGCAGAUUUCAUCUCUAGAAAUCCCCUCCUGAGUGCUCUGAAGGUGGUGUACUACUGCUGUUUUGCUCUCCUGUAUGGCUUGGCUGGCUCCUGCAGUGAUGUCAUCAUGGUCAACUCCACCUGGACCCUUGGACAUAUCCUGGCCCUGUGGCGCUCACCGAGCCACACCAGCAUCGUCUACCCGCCCUGCGAUGUUCGGGCUUUCCUGGACGCCCCGUUGGAGGAGGACGACGAUGUGGAUGAAGGGUGGGAGGAGCUAGGACAAGAGCUGUCAAAUGAAGGAGGUGGAGGAGACAGGAAGUGCCACUCUAUUGUGUCUGUGGGCCAGUUCAGGCCAGAGAAAGACCAUCAACUUCAGAUCAGAGCUUUUCGCAAACUCCUGGACAGGAAAGGAGAAGGUCCCGGGGGGAGGGAGUCACUGCGGCUGGUGCUGAUAGGUGGCUGUAGGAACCAGGAAGACGAGGAGAGAGUCCUGAUGCUCCGGGGGCUGUGCGAGGAGCUGGGUGUCUCUGACUGUGUCGACUUCAAACUCAACGUCUCGUUCGAGGAGCUGAAGAGGGAACUGGUGAACGCUUCCAUCGGGCUGCACACCAUGUGGAACGAACACUUUGGUAUAGGUGUGGUGGAGUGCAUGGCUGCAGGCACCGUUGUCCUCGCCCACAAGUCAGGAGGUCCCAAGCUGGACAUUGUGGUGCCGUAUGAAGGCAAGCAGACAGGCUUCCUGGCAGACGGCGAGGACAGCUAUGCUGCUGCCAUGGAAACCAUCCUGGCGCUGGCGCCGUCCGCUAGACUGGAGAUGAGACGUGCUGCCCGUGAAUCUGUCAGGCGAUUCUCUGACCAGGAGUUUGAGGUGUGUUUCCUGUCUGCCAUGGAGUCUCUCAUGAGUAAAGUGGUGCAGUGAAGAACAGAGAAGACUCGGCGUCCUCCCGGAGCUUAUGAGAGACAUGCCACAGCUGGAUUUGUUAGGUGGAGCCCAGGUGAGGAAGGAGGAUCUGACUUUUGGUCCAGGGCUGGGUGACAGACUGUUUUCUUUUCCUCCACAUUUUUAAAAUGGCUAGCUAACAGUAGCAAGGCUCAGCACUCUCAGAAACAGCUAAACGAUUAAAACGAAUCAUGAAGAACACUUGACGACUAAUGCGACCGAACGAGUGUAGCACGUGCGUGAAGCCAGUGACAGCUGAGUGUGUGAGCUGGCUGAUGGCAUGUAUACGUGGCACCGUGCUCAGUGUGCUGAGUUUUAGUAAACAGAAACAUGUUUAAGCUGAAUUUUAGCCGAGUCAAACAAUUCUACCGGUUCCAGCUGAAUGCUUGGUCACAACUCGGUGAGUUUAAGUGUGUUUGGUCCAGAAACCAGGAGGUUUGAAGGGUCAAAGCAUUUGAUGCAUUCAGCACCAACCAGUUCACCUGCAUAGGUAGCAUCAUCUCCUGUUUCUGCAGACAGCUUAUUUAUCCGUUCUCACCUUGCUGGUUUGAUUCAGAUCAAAAGAUAAUGUUAGCGAUCCAGUCCAGUCUUGUUCUAAGCUGCAGAACCUACCCGUGUCGGUUCUGGUUGCAUUCCUGUCUCCAGGGUCAAAGUUAUUGAAGUUGAGUCGGUGCUGACAAGAUUUUUAUUAUAUUUGCUUAUUUUGCAGUGAUGUCACUUUAUUCACAUUUUCCUGAACAGGAAUAAGGAUAAUGCAGUCAUUCUGUUGUUGGAUGAAUUUGAUAAAUGAAGGGUUCUGAUGCUUUAUACGUUCACUGGAGUUGCACUUAAAGCUACAGUUUGUGUUAAACUGAGGGCCAAAUCAUUUCAGCGUCUGUUUUCCUGAAUUUCUGCUCUUGCAUGAUUAACGCAGACGUUCUGUAACUUUUUAAAGAGGCGCUGCUGCCGUUUAUGUCCAUGCGUAAAAGAUCCUUGGAUAAAAUUAUUACUGCAAUAAAUAAAUGAUUAAAAUCCAA